AGACAUCACUUAGCUUGUGCACUUGACAUCUUUGCCCUCCGGCCGCCUCCCCUUGUAUACCUGCAGGCCAUUUCCCACCCCUCCACCACUACUUCGUCUUCGACCCUGAUCGAUCUCUCCAAUCCUGGCUUGUUUUAACAAGACUGAGAGCUGCCUGGUUGAUCAGGAGCGUAGCUAGCUCCGGGCCCAGGCCAGGCGCCAUGAGCUCGUCGUCGGUGGCUGUGGCGAGCGCGGGAGGAAGCGGCGCUGGUGGAGCCGGCGGCAGCAGCGGCGCAGGGGCAGGAGCAGGAGUCGUCGGUGGUGGCAGCGGCGGAGGCGAAGGGCCAUGCGGGGCUUGCAAGUUCCUGCGGCGCAAGUGCGUGAGCGGGUGCAUCUUCGCGCCCUACUUCGACUCGGAGCAGGGCGCGGCGAACUUCGCGUCGGUGCACAAGGUGUUCGGCGCCAGCAACGUCUCCAAGCUGCUGCUUCAGAUCCCGCCCCACAAGCGCCUGGACGCCGUCGUCACCGUCUGCUACGAGGCCCAGGCGCGCCUCCGCGACCCCAUCUACGGCUGCGUCUCCCACAUCUUCGCCCUCCAGCAACAGGUGGUGAACCUCCAGGCCGAGCUCACCUACCUGCAAGGCCACCUGGCCACGACGGAGGUACCAACACCACCACCAUUCGCCGGGCAGCCCCAGAUGCCAAUGACCGCCGCCUUCUCUUCCGUCUCCAACCUGCCAUCGUCAUCCAACGUCCCAGCGUCCGUCGACCUCUCAACCCUCUUCGACUCGCAGACGCAGUCCCAGCAGUGGGCCUUCCAGUUCCAGCAGCAACAAAUCCUGCAGCAGCAGCACCACCACCACCAGCAGCAGCAGCAGCUGCUGCUGCUUCAACAACAGCAGUACCUCCAGAUGGGGGAAGGCUCUAGCAGGGGCGCCAGUGGUAGCGGCACCGUGGAUAGCGGUGACCUGCAAGCUCUGGCAAUGGAGCUCCUGGACCGGCGUCAGAGGGUGGCUGUGGGCUCGCCGCCCAAGCCGGCGACACCAGCCACACAGUGAUGGAGCACCAUCCUCUUGCUAGGUGGUCUGAUUUGAUCAGGAAAGAAUCAUUCAUUCAUGCAUUAUAUUGCUGGAGUCGAGAGCAGAAUCGGAGAGUGAAUAAUUAAAACUGCUCAAUUUUUUUUGUGUUUCGUAAGUAGAGGAAUAGAAUGAGGCUGUGAUCAACGAGGAGGACGAAGACGAUGACGAUGUGGGGGAGAUGGUAGGUAACAGGCAUCGCCCGGUUUUCGCGUACCAGCUUUGUUCUUGGCCGGGGGUGCAAGGGUGCCCACUUGCCCCUUUCUAUAUUGCCUGGGAGUCUGCUCCAAAGGAGGAAUGAAGCCUGGGGGAUAGCCUAACAAAUGUUAGCUUCUGUCACUGUUCAAUUGAAACAGCUCUAGUUAGAAUUAAGCCUGAUCGAUCUAAUUGUUGCCGUAUACCUAGCUAGCUCUAGAUUCUACCAUCUGCUCGUAGAUUGUUUUAUUUCUUAUAAAAAUUAAAGAUAUACCAAAAAUAGGCUUAAUUGUAUUCCUAGUUUUCUGGUAUUUAUAUUGUAAGAAUGAAUUUUCUAUUUAAUGAUAAUUCUAGAUUAUCUGUCAAAGCAAA